AUAGCUGAUUCAGGGGUUUGUUCUCCUCUUUUAUUUAGCAGAAACCGUAUUUUUACAGCUGCAAUCCCUUAAAAUGGGAUUUUUUUCCCCCCCUUAAACAGAUCCCUGUAAAAUAAUGCUUCAUAAAGAGCAGCGUUCCUCUGCUAAACCCUGCAGACAGACAGCAGCACGGCUCCUGUCGGACCCAUCCGACACCUGCAGCCUCAUUCCCUUUGCUCAAUUGCUUUCCUUCUGUUUGUGUUGAUGCAUUUAUUUCUCCCCUCUUUGCUCCCAAUUUUCUUCUUUUUUUUCCUCACUGCUGUUUCAGCAAAAACCAUCCAGGAAAUUCCGAUGAAAUCCCAGCACACAGCAGCCCUGCCCCGGCGGGGAGAAGCAAAGAAGGGCUUAAUGCUCAUUAAUUACCACCACGGCUCAAUUAUUGCGAGGAGGAGGGAAACAAGCACAUCACGUGUCAUUAAGCUUCCAAAAAUAAGCAGCAUUUGCAAAUCAACCUGUUUGCACCGAGCUGAAAACGUCGCUGGGGGGGAGAGGUGUCUGCACACAGCGUGUUUAUAUCCAAUAAGGGAUAUUCAGGCUGGGGAUGCUGCUCACACAUGGGGCUUUCCCGGCACCAAAGGGUGUAUAAAGCAAUGGGGAAUUUCACUUUGGGGGGUCCCACUCUAUUUGGGGCCCUUCCUUUGGGGGUUGGCAUCACGGUGCUGCUGGGUUCCUCACUGCUGCUCUGUCCACAGGAGCAUUGUGGAGCAGGAUGCUGCCGGACGCUGCGGUGCUGCUGCUGCUGCUGCUGCUGGUUGGACUUCGAGUGGCUGCAGCUGGAGGAGCAGCCGGAUACGCGCAGGUCAAGUACAUGCAGCCCAUGGUGAAGGGGCCCCUGGGACCCCCGUUUCGGGAAGGCAAAGGGCAGUACCUUGAUAUGCCGCCGCUGCUGCCCAUGGACCUCAAAGGGGAGCCAGGACCACCAGGGAAGCCCGGCCCACGUGGCCCCCCCGGGCCCCCCGGAUACCCAGGAAAGCCGGGCACAGGGAAGCCGGGCAUGCAUGGUCAGCCAGGGCCUGCGGGGCCCCCUGGCUUCUCUGGCAUUGGGAAACCUGGCAUCCCAGGACUGCCUGGCAAGGCGGGUAUGAAGGGGAUGCCCGGAGCCAAGGGUGAACCUGGCAUGCGGGGAGAGCAAGGGCCCAGAGGUCUGCCCGGCCCCCCAGGGCUGCCAGGGCCCGCUGGCAUCUCAGUCAAUGGGAAACCAGGACCCCAAGGUGGCCCAGGGCUGCCGGGGUUUCGGGGUGAGCCUGGCCCCAAAGGAGAGCCGGGACCCCGUGGGGAGAGGGGGAUGAAGGGUGAGAAUGGAGUGGGGAAACCAGGGCUGCCAGGGCCAAGGGGCAAUGGUGGCCCUCCUGGCCCUGCAGGGCCGCCAGGACCUGUUGGUGUUGGCAAACCUGGCCUUGAUGGGCUGCCUGGAGCACCAGGGGAGAAGGGUGACAUGGGCCCCCCUGGGGGGCCGGGGGUCAGUGGGGAGCCUGGCCCUGCAGGGCCACGGGGGCCGCCCGGCAUCGAUGGGAUCGGUGUCCCAGGUGCAGCAGGGGUGCCAGGGAUACAGGGCCCCAUGGGGCCAAAGGGGGAACCGGGCAUCCGUGGCCCCCCUGGUUUGCCAGGCGCCACAGGCUAUGGGAAGCCAGGCAUGCCCGGCCUCAAAGGAGACCGCGGGCAGCCCGGGGUGCCGGGAGCCAUUGGUGAUAAAGGGGAACCUGGAGUUGAUGGUGAGCCAGGUGAGCAGGGCCCUGCUGGUGUCAUCGGGCCACCGGGCCCACCGGGGUCCAUGGGGCUGCCAGGCAAACACGGGCUGCCAGGCCCCAAGGGUGACGCGGGGCCCAGUGGGCCACCGGGAAUGCCAGGGAUGCGAGGUGACCAGGGCCCAAAUGGCUUUGCAGGGAAACCAGGAGUGCCAGGAGAGAGGGGCCUGCCCGGCUCACAGGGCCCCCCCGGCCCAGCAGGCCCCAAAGGAGAACCAGGGUUCAUCGGCCUCCCUGGGGUGCCAGGAUUGACGGGUGGUCCCGGGCCCAAAGGGGAUGGUGGGAUCCCGGGGCAGCCGGGGCUGAGGGGUCCCUCCGGCAUCCCCGGCUUGCAGGGACCUGCAGGGCCCAUGGGGCCUCAGGGGCUGCCAGGGCUCAAAGGGGAGCCGGGGCUCCCCGGGGUUCCUGGUGAGGGGAAGAUGGGUGAGCCUGGCAUGGCCGGCCCCAUCGGCCCACCAGGAAUGCCGGGAACACCGGGGCUCAACGGGCCGCCCGGCCCCCCAGGGCCACCUGGACCACCAGGAGCACCGGGGGUGUUUGACGAGUCGGGCAUCGCGGGGCUGCAUCUGCCCGAUGGCGGCGUGGAGGGGGCUGUGCUGGGCAAUGGCAAACCAGGCAAACCGCAGUACGGCCGAGGGGAGCUCUCUGCCCGCAUUGCACCCGCCUUCACCGCCAUCCUCACCUCCCCCUUCCCGGCGUCCGGCAUGCCCGUCAAGUUCGACCGGACUUUGUACAACGGGCACAACGGCUACAACCCGGUCACAGGGAUAUUCACCUGCCCCGUCUCCGGCAUCUACUACUUUGCCUACCACGUUCACUGUAAAGGCGCGAGUGUCUGGGUGGCUUUUUUCAAGAACAACGAGCCCGCCACCUACACCUACGACGAGUACAAAAAGGGGUACCUGGACCAGGCGUCGGGCAGUGCCGUGCUUGAACUGAAGGAGAACGACCAGGUCUGGGUGCAGAUGCCCUCUGAUCAGGCCAACGGGCUGUACUCCACGGAAUACAUCCACUCCUCCUUCUCUGGGUUCCUGCUUUGCCCCACAUAACGGCUGUUGGGCGCAUUUCCUUUUCACCCACUUUAGCCAUAAACUGUCAUGUUUUUUUGUGUCUUUUUUUUUUUUAUAUAUAUAUAUAAAAAAAACUUUUAAAAUUAAUACAGAAUCACUGGGAAGAACGCGAGCCGUUGUUGCGGGACGUUGCUUCACGCUGUUCGAUCCAUGAGUCAAAAGGGUCAUCGGAAAAGGAGACGUUUUUCUUUCUUUCUUUCUUUUUAGGGGCAGGAGGAAGGGAGGGCGGGAGGUAACUUUCUCAGUAAGGUGUAUCUGGAACAGCUUUUCCCCCAGUGACUGCACAUCAAGCACAGGAACUCGCUUGGGAUGGCAAGGAUCUAUUAUGAGGUACAUUGCUCUGUGAUCCACAGAGGGCAGCACAGCGGAUUGGACCCCUCCAGUCUACAAUGAGUGCCCUCGUUUCCCAUUCUGAGUACAGUCAGAUAAACACAGCCGAUGUGGUGGAUGCUGUUUGCUGACCAGCACGGGGUCCCAAGCACUUACCACAAACACAUACAGCAACAGAGAUCCUUGCUGGGUUGAGGAUUUCCCUCCCGAACCAUCCAGUGUCCAAGUUUCAGUCUCCCUGAUGCCUGUUUCUUCAAGCUGCUUUGAAGCAGUGUCUGAUUCACUCCGGAUCCAGUGUGGUUGGAUUUACAAUCAGAGAACAUGGAACACUUCAUGCAUAAGCACCUUCUUAGAAUAAGUAAAUAUUAUUUUUUAGCCCUUCCCCAGCACGUUUAGGAACGAAACCAUCCAGGCAUCGGUCUCUGGGAGGACGACAGCCUGUUGCAGGGACUCUGGGACCCCUGUGCUAACAGCGGUCCUCUCUUGCAUUAACCCAGCAAGCCCGAGGGCUGCUCCUAUCCCACACAGAAUCACAGAAUUAUCAAGGUUGGAUACGUUUCUUUGCAGCCCAAAGACUUGGCCUCACAGCACGUCACCCCAUGCCAACACAGUGGCACUGCGGUGUGCCAGCAGAUGGAGUUUGGCUUUCCCCGCAGGAGCUGCCCACACAGCCUGCUUGCACUGCCCCACUCCUUCACCACACGUCAGCUUUCACAUCAGCAUUCCCUAUCUUCUCUUUCUUUCAACCAAGGAGCAGCCAUCGCUCUGACAUUCCGUUCCGUCAUCGUACAACGGUGCUAUGAUCUACUUAACAAUGUUACAUACAAGUGUAGUGCAAUAUGGUUCUGUGAGAGCACGCCAUUCCAGGUGCAUUCCUCUGUUAAAACAUUCCCAUUUGUUGUUGCCGCUUUGUUCUCUUAAUGCUUGAAGAUGCCAUUGGACCAAACAGGAGCUGCGAGGUUCUGGGGAAGGAAUGUGGGAUGCUGACCACGUGGCUGCUCUGUCCUUGCCAACGGGAGGAAUGGAACUCUGUUGCUUUGCAGAUUUUCUCAUGGUGGAGCAGCAAUCAACACCUGCACAUAGAGGAAAGCAGAUCUCAUCCCAGGUGAGCUGUGUGCUACUGGAGGUGAUCUGCUGCGUGCCCCUCUGCAAGGGAACAUCCCCGAGGAAACAAGGAUGAUUUGGUCACCAGCUGAGCAGCUGACAGCCUUACAUUUUCCUAAAGCCUUCUCUAUGGCCAAAGAAACAAAACGCAGCAAGAACGAGACUUGGGGCUGCUCUCCGGACAGACUGUACGAGAUAUUUAAACAACUUUGGUUUGGGUUUGGUUGGUUGUGUUUUCUUUUCCUCAUGGAAACAUCCCCAGCCCUGCGCAUAAGAAACACGAAGGAGGUGUGAAGCUGAAGGGGCAGCAGUUGGGGCUGACGUCCCUCUGUGCAGAGCUGCAAGUCGUGGCGUGAUGAAACUUUCUCAAGUUGAAACGCAGCCCCAGAGCUUUCUGAUGCCACUGGAUGCUGUGAGUCCUGACAGCAGGGAGGUGCCAGGCCCAUUGGGUACUGCUUAUUUCCCAGCAGGAACAGGAGCCAAAAGAAUCCCCAGAUGUCAAAGUGGAAGCUCGAAUGCUUUCCUCAAGCCCAGGCUGGGAGGAGGGCUGAAGGACUGAGCCUGCGUCCCUGUGCCUCCUCCAUCAAAGUGAUCCCUGGGGAUGCAGCACAGACUGGAGCUGGUGAGGUGGGAUCCCAGCACACUGGGCCCGGCUCAGCCAGCAGCCCCGUGGCACACAGUGUGACGUGCACACUACCUGCAGGAGGUCAGCAGCUUCCACGUGCUCCCAGGUGGAAGCUCAGUCCUCUUCUUCAACAAAGCGACUUAUUUAUACUGUGUUCUAACCUACGUUCAGCCUUUCUGCUCUGUUCUGGUUUGCUGCAAACGUCAUGUUCUAUCUGGCAAAAAGCAAUGGCAGAAAUACUCACUAUAACCAAACCAGGAACCCGUUGAGCGCUGUAGAUAUUGUUUUGCAAUCUCACUUUCCCUUCACAUCAACCGUCACCAACCCUCCACAGCUGCAUCACCUGUUACACGUAGAAACAGAAAGGCAGAGAUGUGACACACACACAUACAUGGGCUCCAAGGACGAUGCAGAGGAUGAGGAGCUGCUCACCAACCCCAGCACGGGCAGGAAGAUAUUUUGGAGUACUGAGUGUGUGAUAUCCACCAGCAGGGAGGGUUACUGCAUGGUGUGUCACACUCAAGAACCAGGUUGGGUUGGAUGAAGUAUGUCUAUUUUUAAUGAUGAAAACUGCAUUACAAUGUGCGUUUUUAUAUACAAAUCUUUACUAUUUUUUUUUGUUUUUUUGUUUUUAAAUUUGCCUCUAGUAUCUCCAUUUCUAACCUAGCAUUUAGAGGUUUUUAGUUUUGUAAAUACUUAUUACAUGCACUGUCAUAGUCAAAGUUGGUCUAAAAUGCACUCUUUUGGUGAUCAGAAACUGGCCUUCGGAACUAAAACUGCAGUACUUGAUUGUAUUGACAAACCAUCAAUAAAACUUAUUGUACAAA